CUCCUUGUUUUACACACUCUCCUUUUCUCACACACUCCCUUCCAUCACUCCCGCACCUCUACAAUAAUGCUCUUCAGCAAGUCACUCCUUUGCGCCGUCACGGCUCUCGCUGCGUCGGUGAGCGCCCAGUCAUCGUCUUCUGCCGACAGUCAGAUUGCGCUGGCGCAGCUCUCGCUCAGCGCGGCCAAGCUCAUCCCCAACCCGAUCAAGCAAGAGUACCUCAGCCUCGAGGCCGCGCUCACCGAGACGUUCAAAAACGGUUCAGUGGACCAGCCGGGAACGACGCUCAGCGUCGGCACGACCUCGACGGCACCUACGCUCAAGCUCACGAUCCCCGACUCGGCACAGUCGCGCUUCAACUCGUCGACAAAGUACACUGUCCUCACCCUCGACCCCGGCGCGCCCGUCGAGCCCGUCGACAAGAAGGUCGUGCGCCACUUUCUCGUCAACGACGUGCCCGUCGGCAGCGACGGCACCCUCGACGUGUCUUCUGGCAAGAACGUCGCCGGCUGGUUCGCAACUGCUCCCCCGCUCGGCUCGGGCACCCACCGCUACGCCACCCUCAUCUUCCGUCAGCCGUCCGACUUCAACCCGCCGGCGAGCCUGACGACGCCGGACAAGAACAUCGUCAUUGACUUUUCGCUCUCUGACUAUGUCGAGCAGGCCAAGCCCGGCCCCAUUGUCGCCGCCACCUUUUUCCUCCAAGCAAACGACAACGAGGCCAAGGCCGGCUCGUCGAAGAGCGUCAGCGCCGUGCCCACGACCUCGGUCGCUGCUGCCAGCGUCUCGCAGGCUGCCAGCAGUGUCAGCGCCAGCAUUCAGAACCUCGCUGGGUCCGCGACUGCCACGUCCAAGUCGAGCAGCGGCUCGGGUUCCAACAGCGCUUCUCGCCCGCUUUCGACGCAUGUCCUCGCCGUCGUCCUGAGCGUUGCUGCCAUUGCCGUGGGCGCUGCCCUCGUCUAGACAACUCAUAUUCUCACGAAUGAACAAUCAUGUAGCGUAACACAUUUUUAAUUAACAUUACCGAGGCAAUGUUCUGGAGAGA